CCCGAUCAGAUGAUUUCCCCCCUCGUUUUCUAACUGGAAGCAGUUCGUCGAGUUCUUUGGGACACGCCGAUUCCAAAAAGGAGACAUUGCCGCCGAACGCCGUCCAGUGCUUUUGGAAUCCUUGGUUGAUUCGCUUUCAGGAGCGAACUGUUUGAGCAAACUAUGGACGCCGAGUCUGCAGUGGAGUUUAGAGAACACGGCGACGAAGUGGCGGAGGAGGAGGAAGACUGGGAACAGACUAGCGGGCCGCCGCCGCCUCUGUUAAUUGCUCGCGGCGGACCUUUGUUUACGCCGAAUUUGGUCAGUCCCCUCACUCGAGUCCCCGAAUUCGAAGAUGCCAUUCUCAGCGAGCUCCAGCGGUUGAAGAACGAGUUAGAUUUUGAUUCUUCUGAGGCUUGCCAUGACGAUGAUAUCACGGUUGAUGACAUUAAAAUUCUAAGCACUGAGGAGUUGGUGGAGAUGGCAUUCGGGGAAGUUUUUAAAGAGGAUGAAGGGGAGAGCGUAAGUUCGUCGCAACGGUCUGAACCACAGCUGAAUGAAAGAGCGGAAAGUGAUCUUGUGUCGAGUGGGGUGCAAACUCGGUCAAGAAGCUCCCAGAGAGGAGGUGGUACUUCAGCUUCUUUAGUAUCCAAUGUUGACAGUAGCGACACUAGGGAAGGUGACAAGAAGUCCAGGAAGAGAAAGAAAGACACAGUGAAGUCUCGUUGUGCAGAAGAGAGUUACCCUGCUAAAGUUGAUGAGCUACUGAAAAUAAAACAGAAGCAGGAUGAAGAAAAAGCAACCGCUAAAUUGCAUUCCCUUAGUGCUGGUCGCAAGUCCAACCAGAGUUCUAAUGCAUUCAUGGAGAGUGUCACAAGAAUGAAAUCUCUGAGAUCUGUCAACUCAGAUAUGAAGCUCAUGAGGACCUCAGAUAUUCAACAAGAAGUACCUGUGCAGCUGCCUGAGGUAAUCCUUGUUGUGGAGGUGUACCACAAUGUUAAUGAAUCGCAAAAGACCCAAGAGUUUUUGGUGCUAGGACGACAAUGUUUGACAGAACUAAAGGACAAGAUCGUUUGCAGGAAUGACGAGAUGAUGAGAAGGACGGGGCAUUAUGAUCCUUCAGGAUAUUUCCUUAUAGAGGAUUUGUUCUGCAAUGAUCUGAGGGAAACCAUUUCAAUAGAUUACAGUGAGCCUAUAUUCGACUGGCUUAGGAACUCGAAAGAAGAGGUAAAUAAAAAAUGGGAGUACAUUAUAAGAGGAGACAUGAAACGCAAGCAAAAAGCUCUUUUAGAUAAGAUGCCACCUUCAAAAGUACCUGGAUUCCGACGCACCGAGAUGCAAUCCCUCCGUUUUUGUGAUUUAAGGUUUCGGCUAGGUGCUCCAUAUCUAUACUGUCAUCAGGGAGAAUGCAAGCAUACAGUCGUCAUAAGAGACAUGAGGUUGAUUCAUCCUGAUGACACCCAGAAUCGAUCUGCUUAUCCAAUCGAGAGCUUUCGACUGAAAUCACGCCUGCAGAAAUGCAACGUCUGCAACAUAUUUAGAGCUAAAAAGGUGACGGUGAAUGACAAAUUGGCGAGUUAUAAUCCCUGCUACUUCUGCGAGAAUUGUUAUUUCCUUCUUCAUUACUCUGAGGAUUGGACUCUCUUGUACGAUGACUUCACUGUAUAUGACUACCUCCGCGACUAGUUCGAUUCCUCAUUGAAUUAGUCUGGUUGGAUAUUCCCUCAUUGUCUAUCAAUGUGCUAUUGUCAUAUGUUGAAUGUUCGUGUUGACGGAACUGCAUAUUCGUUCUUGUUGGUGUGAAAUAUCUAAAUGGUUACAUGAAAAAAAUCGUCAAAAAAGUAUCAAAAUUUAUUAAAUUUUAAGAAAAAUG